UAAUUUAAUAUUCACAACAUCAAAUCCGACUCUGCAUUCUAGUACACAGAUAAAUCACGCGAAGGGUAUUAUGUAAGUUCAGACUGUUCAGAGUCAAUGUUACGCCUGCUCGCAUCCGCAUACCAUGGACAUAGUCACUUCUAUCACUUGUUUAUACAGAGAGAGUAAUUGGAAGGAGAUAGUGCAUAGGUACCAUGACCACCCUGACAGGAACAAGGUGUUGUGGGUGUACCCUAGUGAGGGGAACUUCGAGUUUAUAAAGGCUUGUGUGAAGGAGCUGCUGUGUGAUAGGGUUGUGAGCGUCGGCUGCGGGUCCGGGCUGCUGGAGUGGAUGAUCAUGGAGGCUACUGGUUUACCAGUCUCUGGAAUAGAGGUAGACGGGGCGUGGUGGCGCUGCAAAUACGCCCCGCCCACUUUUAUACCUCUCCACUUCACUCCCGCAGAGAUAGACAAGGACACAAUCACUCUACUGCAGAGGAACACUCACACAGCUUUACUGUUCUGCUACUUCAACAAUCGGCCGGCGUUUGAAGACUACCUCAAGUAUUAUAAAGGGAAUGUCUUGAUUAUCAUUGGUCCGCAUCAGAAAGGCGUGCAUACAGACCCACAGCCCUUCAAUGACGUCAGCGAGGACUGGGUCCUCCACAAGUCACAAGAGAUCAGAAGCAGCGGCGACUUCAUAGCAGUAUACACAAAACAAAGUGUAGAAACGCAUUCCAUUUAAUAAAUAAUUUACACUUUCUAAUCUUAACAG